AUGGCAACUCUUCGAAACAUGUUUCUUCUAGGGCUAUGGGCUCCCGCUGGCUAUAUUGCCUUUGCCGCAAGCCUGACUGGUUCAUGCCCAACGAACCAAGAGCUGAUAGCCAACAACAAGUGCUGUCCAGGGCCUGCUAUGAGCGGUGAUAGAUCUGGCGUGACCUACUGCUGUGUCACCAAGCCUGACCCUGAGUGCAGCGCCGCUUUGUGUUUCAACGGCACAUGCGUGGCAAAGAUCGCUGUCGACGACUCAGACUACGAUGACAAAGUCGAAAAGGCACUUUCUGGCUCUAGCGAUGAUUCUGAAUCUUCUUCUCCGAGCACCACCUCUGGUAUUUCAAUCACCUAUAUUCUUGAUGCAACCACUACUCCUGCGGGGGCGAAAACUAUCUCUGAGUCGUUGUCUUCUAACACUUUUGUAGGCUCGAACGGUCCUACCUCUACAACUACUUCUGAUAGUGCGGGUAACACCAACAGCGCGGCAUCAAGCGGUAAUAACGCAGUAGUUGGUAUGGCUGUCGGUCUCGCUAGCCUUUUUGUCAUAUUCCAUAAUUGA